UUCAGCCUUAAAUUUUGUCUUUACACAAUACGCACCGCGAUAGACCCUAUGCGCGUAUCGCAGUUCCGUAUUUGUAACUCCCACCACACACAGAUAACCACACACAUGGCAAACUUGUCGCAGACACACUGGCGAAAUCGUCCCUCCGGCUACGCCACUGACAUUCCAAGAGCUUCCACAGUGCGUUCCGCUGAUAAAUCACCUUUCACGGCAGCGCCACCACAUCAACGUCACGGCACGUCGCGUCACGAAGGUCCUUUAUGCAGACGCUGCCCGUACGCGCCAACGUUUCCCAACUUGUACUAGUCCCAGUAUAGUAGCUUACGGGUGGCCGGUGUUUCUGCAGCGCAGCAGCGCGUCCCUCAAGUGCUGCUUCGCGCGGUCAUGGUCCCGCUUAUCAUCAGAACCGCGGCUGAAGAGCUCCACCGAAGCGCUAGUCGCGCAAAAGCAAGGCGGGCUCGCAUACGUGCCCGGAUGCAGGAACAACGUGAAACUGCGAGUGCAACGCAAGCGGCAGCUCAGUUGCCGGAGGCGCCAUGACGCGGCCUUGCGGGAACACGAGGCCUAGGCGAGGAGACAACGUCGACAGCACUUCGGAAGUUGGGGAGCACAAAGCGGACGUGCACCGUGCCCGCUGUGGUGAUGCCGCAGUGCGGGGACGUGAGGCCCAAGCGAGGCGACAAAUGCCGAGAAGGCCCUGAAAUUCUGGAGCACGACACGGACGCGCGUGCUAAGACGGACGCAGCAGUGCGAGAGCACGAAGCCGACAGCGGCAUGAGCCACAAGUCGCCACCUCCUGGCCAUAGACACAAUAGGCGGCGGCUACCGCACAUUUUGAAAGACAGUUCUUUAAUGAUCAAUUGGGAUGUGCAUGUGAUGUUUGUGACCAUUCUUUGGUUUAAAGUUGACCUCUCGCCCAUCCGCGUUGCUCACGUGCCCCAGGUCGCUACCGAGUUUCCAAACGAAGCUGUUUACGUUUGCCAGGCCAUUCCCGCUGGGUCACCUCAACUGGCGGCUGUCCCCGCACUGAAAGCCGAGCUUCAUGUCGAGCCACCCUGGACGACAGCAAUAGGAGGCGCCGUUUCUCGGGUGGACCAGUGCGAAGGCGUCAGGUAAAUGGCGUAAGCGAAGCUUGUCCUGAGUGCACCUGCUCCUCAACAUGGUUCAGCAACCCGCAAGUAAGGGUGCCUGAUUGCUUCGGCCUCCCGCACCCUUAGCUCGGGAUCUUCACAUCCUUGCUGUCUCCCUUCCCUGGGCUCGGGCAGCUGUAACGGCUGGAUCGGCAAGCACACGGCGAGCCCUUUCGCAGGCGAGUUCUCGCCGCCGCUCGUCGAACGCUGCCCGUUUCUCUGGGAACCGCGCAAGGCGUGGCCGUCCCAUCCAUUUUCCCAGACUGUACUAAACGGAAACGAAGCCGGCGCAGCGUGCGCGAAACACUUUCUUGCCAUUUCCUUCCAGGCUGGAAGGGGAACGACUCUGAUUGGUUGCGCGCGUGGCGUCAGCGCGCAACCUAUCAAAAUGCCAUAGUUUCGUGCGCUUUCCCGCAGCUGCUCUGCUCUGGGAGCAACUGGGUUGUCUUACUUGACUGCAUCGCCUCCGAAACUUGUGAGCCAUUAUAAGCUUCGCUUGGAAAGUAUGGUUACCGUUCAAAACCAUUUACUACCGCGUAUAUCUAGAGUGGUGGGAGCGCUCUGGUUUAGCGCGGCUAAAGGCAAGACUGUGUGAAAUGAUGCGUGUGACCAGACCCAAUAAAUA